AUGGAGGAGGAAUUUACAGAAUACCUUGUCUCAGCUUCUGAAGAACUGCUACUUGAAUAUGGACAAACUGCUGAUCCAAAUGAUGCAAAGCUGCAGCAAGAUCUUACUAUGGUUAGGUUGCAUGCACAGUAUUUAAGUGAUAUACGAAACAUGCAGUAUUGUCUUUCACUUAAAAUAUGUGAUCUGUCUGGUAAUUUCCUUACAAAUAUUGAUGCGCUUGAAUGUUGCACUAGCUUAAUUAAACUGGAUCUCCAUAGCAACCAGCUAGAAGAGCUUCCGGACCCAAUGUUUUGGGGAAGCAUGCUAAAUCUAAAUCUACUGUAUCUUCAUGAUAAUGGAAUUUCAACACUGGAAAAUGUGCAUUCAUUAUCUUUCUGUCCUAAACUGAUUGCACUCACCUUGUUUAAUACUCCACUGUGCCUGAAAAUAGCCUAUAGGCAUAUUGUUGUUAACAGUAUCUUUUCACUUAAGGCACUGGACUAUUAUGUAAUUUCUGAUGAGGAAAUAAUUGAAGACUGGAGGCUUCCUGAAAAAUAUAAACCAUUUACUCUUAACUUUUUUGUUGACUUUUGCCCUCUUUCUGGAAAGGGAACUACUUUUCAGGAAGAAAUGAAAACAGUAAGAGAUAUAAUUUCUAAGAUCAAUUAUGUUCUAGCUCAUCAUUCACCAGUCCUGAUUAUUCAGAAAUGGAUAAGGGGAUAUUUAAUUAGAAAAAUACUGUGCUUGCAUUCUUUCCAUGACAUUUUCCGAUAUAAAUGUUACAACAAAGAUGGAACAAAGCAGAUGUACAUUCAACAUAGACCUUCACUGCAUAGUAGUAAAAGCUGUACAUUUCACACCAUUAAGCCAAAACAGGACAAUGAGGAGAAAAUACAUGCAUCUGGGAUCCAAGCUAUAGAUGUGAAAGAUCUUAAGGACCUUCAUUUCUAUUUGAGAAGCUUAAAACAGCCCAUUCUUUCAACUAUACUCAGAUUGGAAGAAAAGAAAAGAAUUAAAGAAAAUAAAUCAAGAAAGUCUUCAAGGAAGGAUCUCUUGGAAUGGAAAAAGACUGAAAAGAAAGAAGAUACUAUGGCAGCUAAAUUUAGACUUUCAAUACAUAGGACACCAUUUUAUUCAUUGACUGAAGAUUUGCAACAAUAUCAUGAGAAAGAAAAAUAUUUUUUUGAUGCUGUUCAGGACUUGCGUUAUAUCACACAUUCUAUACCACAAACUAUGCCUAUACAUGAACCAGGUAGCAUUGAGAAAAAGGUCUUUGCUAAAGCAUUUGGAAGUAUAAGACUUCGUCCUCUGUGUAGCAUUGAUAAAACGUAUUGGGAAAGUCAGAGACUGGAUGGUCAGCUUAAAAAGGAGCGUGAAGUUAUGCGGAUGCUGAUCGAGAAAAGUGAUGCUCAUGACUAUAUUGAUCGUUUACGUGAAGAAAAAAUAGAGAAGCUUCAGAAAAAAUAUGAAGAAGAAAAGCUGAAGAUUCGUGAUAUCUUGAAAGACAGCAAACAUGAACAAUCAAAGUUAAUUAACAAAAUGAGAGAAAAAUAUUCUCGUUAUUUAGACAACAAGGAAAGAAAGGUAUUGGAAAAUGCAUUUGUUCAGCGCUUCAGCACUCAGCAUACUUCUUUGACAAGAGGUUUAUUAAGGCUUGAUGGGUGGAGAAACUGCAGAGAAGCCGUAAGUGAAAAGAAAUAUAGGAAUAAAGGAAUUGUAGAAGAGCAGAAGCAGCGUAAAGAAGUGUAUCAGCACUUUCAUGAGGAGAGGGUCCAAAUGUUGCAAAAACAAAACAAAAAUGAGAAAAAAAUUAGGAAAUGUGUGGCUCAUGAAAUGUCUAAGGAGCAAUUUAAGCAAUCCAAGGCAAAGGUUGAAGCUGUGAAGAAACCUGGAGUGAAAAUACUGUGCACAUUGCCUGUGAUUGGCAGUUCUGGCACGGCAGUGCCUGUAGUAGAGUAUGAUGAUUAA